AUGCAGCAAUUGGCAGAAAACCCUGCUUCACUUGACGUGACAGUGGGUUGCAAAGCGGAGACACCUGGUGGGAAAGCGCGGGAUAUCAGGAUUAUAGUCCAGGAACUAGCUAAUAUGGACGAACGGCAGCGGUACCUCGGAAAACAAAACCUAGAAGCCAUCGAGGCGAGCACUAUUAUGUGCAACUCCACUAACCCUGAAACUGGAUCUUCUGAACAGGCUGACAAGUGA